AUGGACCAACUCGGCAAGCGCAAGGCUUCUGGCAUCUCCGAGGAUGAAGUAUCAACCAAGAGUAUUGCGAAAUCCAACACGUUCACGUUCGUUGUUGGCCCCGACGAGACCGAGUUUACUAUUCAUUCCGCACUUGUCGCAAAACAGUCACCCGUCUUGAACGUCCUGGUCAACGGACCCUUCAAAGAGGCACUGGAACAACGCGUCGAAUGGAUCGAUCUCGAGGAGACCGUCUUCCUGAGCUUCUGGGAGUUUGCGUACAGCGGUGACUACACCAACCCCAUCCGAGAAGAUGACGAACAGGAGGAGGCAGAUCCUGUUGAUGAAGGGCUGAGCAACUGGAGCAAGUCUUGGGCACACUACGUCCGCCAUUACCCACCAUUCUCAGGCCCUAACAGUCGCAAUGCACCCGGACUCAACGGCAUGUGGCAAGACUUUGUCGACAAGUACACCCCCAUCUCUCGACCAUCUGAUGUAGGCAACAUUGGUGAAGGCACGCUGCUACACCAUGCCCAGGUUUGCAUAUUCGCUGAUCGAUACUGUGUCGACGCGUUAAUGGAAGUUUCCUUGGGUAAGCUAUUCAUCGCUCUCGAGGCGAUCAUACCUUGGGGCAAUUCCUGGGACUCCAUCAUGGAGCUACUGAUCCUGGCUUCUGGCAAUUUUGUGCCAUUCAAACUUCGGGAGAUUGUCGCAGAGUACAUUCUGAGCCAGGCCGAGCUGUUCAAGAACCAGGAGGUGUUUCAGGACUUUAUGAGCAAUCACGAUGGUCCGAUGCAGGGACUGUUGAGUCAGAUCUUUGAACCCGAGGAUGAUCUUUGA